AUGGGGCUGGCAGAGUGGUUCUGGCACCAUGAGUACUGGCUGCCCCCUGGAGCUACCUGGGAAGACAUGAAGGACACUGCAGGCAGUCACUACCCACAGCCUCAGGACCUCUUGCUCUGCCUCCCUGGGGCCCUGAUCUUGACCACCACCAGGCUCAUCUUUGAGAGAACCAUAGCUCUGCCCCUGGGCAGGAGGCUGGGUGUGAGAGACAAGCUGAGGCCUCCAGCUCAGCCCAAUGCCAUGCUGGAAAGCUUCUACCUGCAGCUGGGCAGGACCCCCAGGCAGGAGGAGUUGCUUUUCCUGGCCAAGCAGAGCCACCUGUCCCUCAGGAAGGUGCAGACCUGGUUCCGGCACCGGCGGGGCCAGGACCAGCCCCGGCUGCUGCAGAAGUUCUGUGAGGCCAGCUGGAGGUUCACCUUCUAUCUCAUCUCUUUCUUCUCUGGGCUGGCUCUCCUGUAUGAUAAGCCCUGGGUUUGGGACCACAACUUGUGCUGGGUGAGAUACCCACAGCAGCCUCUCCCCCCAGCACUGGGCUGGUUCUACCUCCUGGAGCUCUCCUUCUACUGCUCGCUGGUGGCCACCCUGCCCUUUGAUGUGAAGAGGAAGGACUUUAAGGAGCAGAUCCUGCACCACAUUGCCACCAUCACUCUGAUCUCUGUGUCCUACUGUGCCAACCUGAUCCGCUUUGGGGUGAUGGUGAUGCUGGUCCACGAUGCCUCUGACUACAUUCUAGAGCUGGCCAAGCUGCUGCACUACCUGCGCUGGAGGCUGCUCUGCGACGCUGCCUUCGUGGCCUUCGCCCUGGUGUUCAUCAGCUCCCGGCUCCUCCUCUUCCCCUGGCUCACCUACCACUACUUUGUGACCAAGUUCCAGCUGUUCCCCAUCAGCUGCCUGAUCAACCUGUUUCUGCUGGUCCUGCAGCUGCUGCACAUUUUCUGGUCCUAUCUCAUCAUCCAGAUGAUCUACAGCAUCAUCUUCCAGGGGGAGAAGAGAAAAGAUGCCAGAAGUGACACGGAGGAGAGCGAGAGGAGUGAGGCAGAGGAGCCAGCAAGAGCCAGGGCUGAGCCAGCCCAGAGCCAGGGCUGA